AUGCUUGAGGAUUCGAAUCAUACUCACCGGCCAGAGCUCCCGACUACCGUGGAGUCUUUCCAUGCUGCGCAAGGGCAUAUCGACCCAGCGAUACAUCCCGAGUCCUACCAGGAUGAGGGGUUCGAGGAUUUUCGAGACUUUGUGAACUUCAUAGACGGUGUGGGUCUAUCAGCCCAAUGGACGCCUGAGUACAAUAUUGAUUGGUUGCGCCUCGAUAGUUAUGAAGAGCCCCGACGUGCAUCAAGAGAUCUAGAGCCUCCACAAUCACCGGGCAAUGAGGAUAUCGGGACUCCAUUCAGCACAUGGCUCCCUUCAGCACCAGCAGAAGAUCAGAUUCAUCUGAGAUCAAAUUCGGGAGCCGACGUUCGCGAGAGCCGAGCAAGACAUGGCACGUAUCAUGUGACAGAAGACCACCGAAGCUUUCUCAUCUCCCUUCUCCCAAGCUUUCCGGUACCGAUCUCAGAAUUCGAGAUUCCUUCUCGCCAUGCCCUUACACGUUAUAUUACUGCGUUUUUCAGCGGCUUUCAUUCUCACUUUCCCUUCAUUCACGAACCAACCUACAAGCCAUCAUGCUCACCAUUGGAGCUCACACUAGCCAUGUGUGCUGCAGGAGCACAGUACUGCUUCGAAAGAAGAAGUGCAGAUCGGCUCUUUCGUGUUUCAAAAGCCAUAGUCUUUGAGCGGCUUCGCCAAGAAGAGUCACACUUUGGUCCGCAAACAUUGGCAUUCAUUGCAUCGACUGAUAUGCUCUCGCCCGCAACUGCACCGGUGGCAAGGAAAGCAGGGCCAUGGGCGCCACUUGAUAUGGCCAAAACGCUCCUGAUUCUUGUAGGUUUUGCCACGUGGGAACGUAAAGAUCUCCUGCAGCAGGCCUUCGCCCUUCGCGGACUACUUGUUCAAUGUCUUCGUGAUAAUGGACUUAAAGAGGAGAGCACUUCCUCUAGCAUCCCGGCCGGUGCCAGAUCCGCCUUGUGGGACGAAUGGGUGCAACACGAAUCCUCUCGGCGAACUAAGCUUGUUGCUUUCUGCUACAUAAAUGUUCAUAGCAUUGCAUACAACAUACACCCUCUGCUCUGGAGUAGUGAGCUUCACCUUCGACUACCCUGCUGCACUCAGUUCUGGCAAGCUUCGAGCGCCGCGCAGUGGAUAUCGCUCGAACGCGAACGAAAGGAAGAUCAAAUGCCUUUCCAACAAGCCUUAUCGGUCCUACUUCAGGGCACAUCGGGGUCCAAUUCAGUUCACCCCAUACCCAGUCCUAUUGGCAACUAUAUAUUGCUUCACGCUCUGCUGCAACGAAUUCAUGUCGUUCGUGAACUGUCAUUUCCUGCUGCGCAAGCCACGAUCUCGGGUUCAGAGCUUCACACAAUAGGACGAGCCUUGCGCAGUUGGACUUCUCUUUGGCAGCAAGCGCCAGAGAGCAUACUUGAUCCUAAUAACGAGAGCGGACCGAUUCCCUUUACCUCAAGUGCCCUCCUUGUUGUUGCUUACAUCCGCCUAUCUCUCGACAUUGGCUCGCAUCGUCAUCUCGAAUCACGUGAUCCGGAUUUGAUCGCACAUAGCCUGACAGCGCUGCCCGAUAUCGAGCGCAACGACAACCUCUUAUCAGCACUGUUGUAUUCGACCCAUGCCCUCAGCAUACCAGUGAGGCUUGGAGUAGACCGGAUAGCAAGAAGCCAAGCAUUCUUCUGGAGUGUGCAGCAUGCGAUUUGUAGCUUCGAGGGUGCUGUAUUCUUAGGCAAAUGGCUUUGUUCGCUGCCUAGUCCGAUGUGUGAAGACAGUCUGUCUCGCUCCGAACACCGUAUCGUUCACUGGGUCAAGUGUAUCGUCGAAGAGGCAUAUGCAGUCGUCGACUUUGAUGAGCAGCGGGAACUGACUGUUCCCGACGAGCCGUUCCAGCUAGGCCUUGCUGUUCUGCAUAUCUGGUGUCGGUUCCUCCAGGGCAACACACAAUGGCAGUUUGUCAACAACCUUGGCAUCAGCCUCGAAAAAUAUACGAAAACGCUCACCUGA